AGGAGCAGUUUCUCGCCGCGGGGGCGCACCAGGCGCCAGCGCUCCCUCCCCCGCCCGCGGCGGGGCGGCCAGAAGGGGGCGUGGCCUCGUCGUGGCCCCGCCCCGGGGCGUGUCCGCGGGGGGCGGUUCCGGCGGCGCAUGGCGGCGCUUCCGCUCGGCGCGGCGGCACUGGCGGCACCAUGAACUACAUGCCGGGCACGGCCAGCCUCAUCCAGGACAUCGACAAGAAGCACCUGGUGCUGCUGCGGGACGGCCGGACGCUCAUCGGGUACCUGCGGAGCAUCGACCAGUUCGGAGGCGGCGGCAAGCGGAAAGGCAGGAGCAAGAAGUGGAGGGAGAUCCUCCGGUUCCCGCACAUCAGCCAGUGCGACGAGCUGCGGAGAAGUCUGGAGGAAGACUAUGGCAGCCUGUGCGAGAAGCAGCCCAUCGGCCGGCUGCUCUUCCGGCAGUUCUGCGAGACGCGGCCGGAGCUGCUGCGCUGCAUCCGCUUCCUGGACGCCGUGGCGGACUACGAGCUCUCCCCGGAUGAGAAGCGCAAGGAGAUGGGCGAGAAGAUCAUCCGCAGGUUCCUCAGCCAGAAGUCCCCGGGGUUCCUGCCCGGGAUCAGCCAGAGCCACAUCAGCCAGUGCGCGGAGAACCUGCGGAAAAGCCCCUGCAAAGACCUCUUCAGCGGCUGCCUGCGCCCCCUGCGCGAGUACCUGAGCCGGGCGCCCUUCGCUGCCUACCUGGGCAGCAUGUACUUCGACCGGUUCCUGCAGUGGAAGUACCUGGAAAGGCAGUCGGUCACCAAGGACACGUUUCGGCAGUACAGGAUCCUGGGCAAGGGGGGCUUCGGAGAGGUGUGCGCCUGCCAGGUGCGGGCCACGGGGAAGAUGUACGCCUGCAAGAAGCUGGAGAAGAAGCGGAUCAAGAAGCGGAAAGGGGAGGCCAUGGCCCUGAACGAGAAGCGGAUCCUGGAGAAGGUCAACAGCCGGUUCGUGGUGAGCCUGGCCUACGCCUACGAGACGAAGGACGCGCUCUGCCUGGUGCUGACCAUCAUGAACGGCGGGGACCUGAAGUUCCACAUCUACAACAUGGGCAGCCCCGGCUUCGAGGACGAGCGCGUGGUCUUCUACGCGGCGGAGAUCUGCUGCGGCCUGCAGCACCUGCACCGGGAGGGCAUCGCGUACAGGGACCUGAAGCCGGAGAACAUCCUGCUGGACGACGACGGCCACAUCAGGAUCUCCGACCUGGGGCUGGCUAUCGAGAUCCCCGAGGGCGAGACCGUCCGGGGCCGCGUGGGCACCGUGGGCUACAUGGCCCCGGAGGUGAUCGGCGACGAGCGCUACGCCUUCAGCCCCGACUGGUGGGGCCUGGGCUGCCUGGUGUACGAGAUGGUGGCGGGGCGGUCGCCCUUCCGCGCCCGCAAGGAGCGGGCCGGGCGCGAGGAGGUGGAGCGGCGGGUGCGGGAGGAGCAGGAGCCGUACUCGGACGAGUUCAGCGAGGACGCCCGGGCCCUCUGCGAGAUGGCAGCGGCUGGGCUGCGGGGCGGACGGGGCGGCCGAGGUGAAGCGACAUCCCUUCUUCAGGAGCAUCAACUUCAAGCGCCUGGAGGCCGGCGUCACGAAGCCGUCCUUCGUGCCGGACCCCCGGGCCGUGUAUUGCAAGGACGUGCUGGACAUCGAGCAGUUCUCCACGGUGAAAGGCGUCAACCUGGACCAAACCGACGACGACUUCUACGCCAAGUUUGCCACCGGCAGCGUCUCCAUCCCCUGGCAGAACGAGGCCGCGAGAGCCGGACGCUGCCUGCCCGCCGGCUCCGGAGGCCUCCGGCGAUCCUGCCGCGCGUCCCCGCUGCAGAUGAUCGAGACGGAGUGCUUCAGGGACCUCAACACCUUCGGGCCGAACGGGACCCGCUCCCCGGACCUGGACUGGAAGCAGCUGCCCGAGCCGCCCAGGCGCAGCCUGCUGCAGAGGCUCUUCCGGCGCCACCCGGCCGACUGCGCCAUCGGCACCACCACGCACUCCCCGCCGCCGCCCGCCGCGAACUCGCACCCCGCCGCGGCCAACGCCGCCGGCCCGGCCCGGCCCCCGGCACAGGCACCGUCCUGACCCCGUCCCGCCGCCCGGAGCCCUGCGCGGGCACCCGGCGCCGAGCCCCCUCCUCGCCGUCCCCCGCCGGUCUCGGACGCGCAGCGGGGGCUGCCGGCGCCGGGGUUUCUGGGCGAUGCUCGCGGAGGCGAGGCGGGACGGGACGCCGGUGCGGACGGACGCGCGGACCCUGCCCGGCGGCGGCAGGCUUCGGAGGGAAGCGCGGCUGGGACGGCGUCCGGGGUCGCGGAGCCGGGGGAAGCCGGGCAGGACGCGGGGAGGCGACGCGGGGGCCCUGGGCAGGGGGGCUCUGGGCUCUCUCCCACGCGGGCCGGAGGACGGUGCGGGGGUCCCGGCGACCCCGGCACAGACCCCUCCCCGCUCGCUGGCACAAGGGGGCAGGACAGGAAUAACUAUUUUCGCGGCAUUUGAGCCCGAGAAGUGCCAGCGUUAUCUUAUCGCCGGCUCCGCACGUGGCCUCUGCGGUCCGGGGGGGCUGUUUUUUAUCUGCCAUCUCCAAAUAGCAACACAGGCAGCCUUGGAGCCGCGGGGGGGUCGUGGCGGGGGCUGGCGCAGGCCGGGAGCGCCCCGGCCGGCCUUGCCCGCGGGAUCCCGCGCGGGGGGCGAGGGGCAGCGCCGGGGCGUCCUCGUCCUCAUCCUGACCCGCGUCCCCGGGGUGGCGGGUGUCCCCCCCCUCUGCCCGAGACCAAAACGUGAAAUGGGUUUAAAAAAGGGAGUUUUGUGCCCUCCUGGUAUUUCGCUGCCCCUGCAGGGAGGAGCGAGGCCGCUCGGGUCGAGGGAAGGUGCCGGCUCGGGCGCUGGGUGAAGCAGGUCGGUGGCGUUGGGCGCUCGGCUGCCGGAGGAUGCCCGGGGCGGCGGUGCCGGCGUGGCGGAGCGCGAACCCCACGUUGGGGACACGGCGGGGCCAGCGGCACGGCGGCUGGGGCAGGCAGGGCGGCUCGGAGGGGCCGCGCUCGGCAGCGGGCUGUGCGCUUGGUGCUGCGGCCGCGUGCGAGGGCAGAGAGCUCGUGGGGGGCAACGCACGUAGGUGUGCAGGGGUGAACUGCACGUGGGGCUGGGCGUGCGAGGGCAGAGCGCACGUGGGGGUGCAAGGGGCAGCAUGGGUGUGCAAGGGGCAGAGAGCGUAUUGGGUGCCGGUGCACGUGGGGCUGGGGUGAAGCGCAGCAUUUAUGGGUGUGCAAGGGAGGCAGCAAGCACGUGGGGCGGUGUGCGAGGGGCAGAGCGCUCGUGGGUGUGCAGGGGGCAGCUGUGCACGUGGGUGUGGGCGUGCAAGGGGCAGCAUUUGCGGGUGUGCAAGGGGUGGUGCAGGGGGUGGUGCUGCUGGUGGCCCCGUGGGGGCCGGGACCCCGAGCAGACCUGAGCUUCCCCUUGCACAGACAUCUUUUAUUUUUGUACUCUCCUCUCUGUUAACGUGCUUUGGGGCGUUUUGGGUUUCACUGUUUUUUUUAAAUACUGUAAAUCUCCUGGUUCCAGCACACUCGGUUUACAUUCGAUUGGGUUUUGUACAUUUGUAAACAGUUGUAAAUAUUUGUAUGUUGA